AUGUCCGCAAACGUUCCUCCGGAUCCGUUUCGCAGAAACAUGGAAGCGACGCAGGAUUUGAAUCAGCCCCACAGCAACACCACGGUACAAAACGGAACUCCCCUUCCGGCCAAGCUCGCUGGCCCGCCUCUGAGCGACCGUGAAGCCAUUGCAGACGCAUGCUACCGCGCGUUUCUGUCCAUCGACCAGUCUGAUGAGAAGCUUCUCAAGUCCAGCGUGACGCCCGAUGUUUACACAUACAUCGCGUUCAAAGCUUGCCAUGGCUACGAAGAGCUCAGGGACAACGUUUGGACAAAGGUCCACUCUCUCAUCGACACGGUCCACUACCUCACCAACAUGCGCGUCAGCGUUGACUCUGAAACCACAAGUCGUGCGACCUUCAAUGCCAUGGCUGUUCAUUGCGUGCUAGGCAAGGGCUACGAGACUGACUCUCCCAAGUUCAACAGUGGCGCUUUCUACAACUGCGAUGCCGUCAAAGUGGACGAUGUGUGGAAGUUGAAGACGAUGAAGUCCACCCAUGUUUGGGCGACUGGUGAUCAUAACGGGGUCAUGGGUGACCCCGUGCUCGCUACUACGUCGUAUACCCGGCGCGACUUAACCGCGGCUGCGGACUUGGCUGGAGAGAAUUACGCCGUAGGCACUAUUGACGACGACAUCACCAGCAACACUGCGUACCCACCAGUCAAACGUGCCAAGGAUGAUGGUGCUAGUAACACUGCUUCCGCGUCACGGAGUCCGGGUAAACCGUCUCCAGCAGAGCCAAGUCCGAGCGAUACGGGAGGCUCCUCGUCUUCGGCACGAAGUGUACACGCAGCCGCGUCUGCGCCAGCUGGCAUCUUUGACGAGCACAAGUCCAAGUAUGCCGGGAGAUCUGCUGUCAUGGCAUUCCCCCAUGUUCUGAGCGGCGUCCUUGGCUGUGACAGCCCUUCGAAACUGCACUCUCUCGCUUACAACUUUGGCACGCGGUCCUCAGCUGCCUCAGACGCACGCCAUGUCCCUCUAGGCACGCUCAUCUCGGAGGAGGACCUGAAGGUGUACUCUGACGUGCACUUCUCAACCCUGGCGCCGAUCUUCGACUGUCUCGACCCAGAAAUCUUCGCCCAGCGAUGUCGAGACUAUUAUCUUGGCUUCGGCACCGACAUAACCGCGUUUGGCGCCGUGGCUGCCGGUGUGGCUGCUCUGGGUUCGUUCCUGUCCCCCAUUGGGCACCCGCGGGAGGCCGAGCUGGUGCAGUAUGCCAAGGCCAUCCUCGACGACACUGCUUCCAUGCGCGUGCUGGGCAUCGACCACAUCAUUGCCUGGGCCAUGCACGUGUCCUAUCUACGCGCCACAAGCCUGCCCGAAAACGUCUGGAUUGCCUCCUGCACAAUGAUGCAUCUCUGCGAAGCCGUUGGGCUGCACGAAGAAGAGAACAUCAAGAAGACGGCGGCUGUCGCCGGUGCGGCUCUCCUUGGCCACGAUGCCGACCGGUUGCGGCGCAUCUUUUGGGUCUCAUGGGCCGCACAUAACUUUCUCGCCUACGAGUACGACCGCUCUGCCGUCGCGUUUCGUGCUGUCACCUGCAAUUCCGUCCUUCUCGUGAGCGGGUCUGUGGCCGACCAGUUUGUGCAGAUCGCCCAGAUCAUCCCGGCGCCCAACUCGCCCUUCCACCUCAAAUGCGAGACGUCUUCGCUGCGCGAAGAGCUGUUUGAGCGUCUCCGGGCACUGGACAGGCUUCGCCUUACGCACCCAUUCUUGGUCGUCACCAGGGCGGACCUCGCCUUCUGCUUCUAUCGCCGCAUCUACCAGCUCAAGCAGGGCAUUUCCGACGACAUCCUUCAGCUCGUGAUAGAUGCUGGAAAGGCGGCAAUUGAGGCAGCGCAGCAGCUGGUGAACCAGGGCCGUCUCUUCUGGAACGUCAUCGGUAGUGCCUUCCAGUACAUCUGUGUCCUGCUCGCCAUGGACACGCCGAUCGCUUCGACGCAUAUCGCUGCUGCCUUUCAAGGCCUGGAGAACCUCACCAUGGCUGUCGACACGGAAUUGACACGCGAAGCAUUGUCGAUGGCACGGCGGCUCCUCCGUCUCAACGCGGACAAAAAACGAAAGGAACUUUCCGAACUUGAGGCUGUCGAAGACAGUCUGCAACCAUUGGAAGUACAGUCAGACGCCGAGGCGGCGAUGGUGGGCAAUACAGCGCCACACAUCACCUGGGACAUGCUAGCCUGGGAGCAGUUUCUCGCUGAACCAUAUCGAUCAAUGUUUGGAUUCUGA